AUGAGCAAGCUGGACGAGAAAAAUUUUGCAGGCCCCGUCGAUCCUAUACAGGUGGAUGCUGCGAGCUCUGAUCUGGAGUCCAGCGAAGGACCUGCGCCUUUGAACGGCGGGUUGAAGCGGCAGCUGAAGAACAGGCAUGUCGCCAUGAUCAGUAUAGGCGGUGUAAUUGGAACUGGGUUAUUCUUGGGGACUGCAAAUGCGCUGGUGGCUGGCGGACCGGUUGGUCUGCUGCUAGGUUACGCUACAGUCGGAACCAUCUGCUACAGUGUCAUGAUCUCCCUGGGUGAAAUGGUUGCAUACCUGCCGCUACCUGGUGGACAUAUCAAGUUGGCAGAACGUUUUGUCGAUCCUGCGUUCUCUUUCGCGAUGGGUUGGAACUAUUGGUACAACUGGACAAUCCUGCUUCCGGCCGAGCUGAGCGCUGCGGCGAUCCUCAUUAACUACUGGAACCACUCCAUCAACAACGCUGCGUGGAUCACCAUAUGUCUCGUCGUCGUUGUCACGAUCAACCUGUUUGGUGCAGGUGCAUACGGAGAAUGCGAAUUUAUCUUCGCGUCGAUCAAGGUAAUCACGAUCACGGGACUUAUUAUCCUAGGCAUUGUCCUCGACCUGGGCGGCGGCCCGAACCACGACCGUAUUGGGUUCCGCUACUGGAAACAUCCAGGCCCGUUUGUACAAUACGACCACAUCCCCGGCGCCAAGGGACGCUUCCUCGGAUGGUGGGCCGUCAUGACCCAAGCCGCAUUUUCGUACAUCGGCACUGAAAUCGUCGCGAUUGCCGCUGGUGAGGCGAAGAACCCGAGGCGGAAUCUCCCCAAGGCGAUACGCAGGGUGUACAUCCGUAUUUUGCUUUUCUACAUCGGUGGCGUCAUCGUGAUCGGCCUCCUGGUGCCGUCGACAAACAAGAACCUCAUCCUAGGGACGGGGAACGCCGCCCAGUCGCCGUUCGUCAUCGCUAUCGAGACGGCGGGGAUCAAGGCACUUCCCUCGAUCAUCAAUGCCUGCCUCCUGACUUCAGCAUGGUCUGCAGCGUCGAGCGACUUGUACACAAGUUCUCGAGCGCUGUAUGGACUUGCGCUGGCAGGGAAUGCACCGAAGAUCUUCGCCAAGACCUCGCGCAACGGCCUGCCUUACGUCGCGCUUAUUACCAACGCGCUGUUCGCGUCCCUUGCGUAUAUGGGCAUCAACAGCGGCUCAGGCAAGGUCUUCAACUGGUUCUCGGCCAUGACGUCCAUCGCGGGCCUGAUGACAUGGUUCGGCAUCUGCGUGACGUACCUCCGCUUCUACAAGGGCUUCCGGAUGCAAGGGUUCGACCGCAGCACUCUCCCGUACGCGUCGCGCAUGCAACCAUAUGCGGCCUGGUGGGGCGUGAUCUCCUGCAUCGUCAUCUGCUUUUUCAGCGGGUGGGCGGUGUUCCUGAAGGGCAAGUGGGUAACGGCGACGUUCGUGACGAACUACCUCCCGUUUGCGCUCUUCCCUAUACUAUACAUCGGCGCGAAGUUCUGGCGGCGCGCGCCCAUCGUGCGCCCGGAGGACAUGGACUUCAUCUCCGGCCUGAAGGAGAUCGAAGCGGACUGCUACGACGAGCCCCCACCGAGGAACUGGGUAGAGCGCUUCUGGUCGUGGUUGAUGUGA